GUAAAAUGCAAAGACGGACUGCAGUGUAUUCGUGUUUUUUAUAUGUGUGCUGGGAAUUUUCUUGGUCCCGGUUCAGAAUGUAAAGAUGGUUCGAAUAAUGAUACAGAUUUUUGUUCAGCUUACGAAUGUACCCCGUAUUUUGCAAAGUGUCCUAAUGGUCAUCAAUGUGUACAUCAGUCAAUGAUUUGUUCCGGGGAACAGAUGUGUAAUGGCGAGUCAGAGGAUGAACAACAAUUUUGUAAAACACAUAAUUGUGGUGACAUAAUGUCCAAAUGUGAUAAUGGAUACCAAUGUGUGCUCGAUUUUAAGAAAUGUGACGGCUUCGCAGAUUGUGCAGAUGGUUCAGACGAGAAUCUAGACUUGUGUGUAGAGAAUCGUAUCUGUCCAAUUGGAAUGGUGAAAUGUGAAGAUAAGGUUCAGUGUAUUUAUGAAAUGCAGUUUUGUAAUAGAUAUCCUGACUGCAAGGAUAAAUCGGAUGAAAACCCAAAGAUUUGUACAAAAGACAGAGCUUGCCCUACUGGAAUGUCUAGAUGUUCCGCAAAUGACCCGAAUUGCAUAUAUGAUAGUUGGUUCUGCAACAACCAACCAGAAUGCGAAAACAGAGAGGAUGAAAGUCCGAAUAGUUGCUUUAAUCGUCCAAAAGGAUCCAUUAAAUUGCCGUGGAUGACAUAGCUAGCAGUCUGAUUGGACUUUUAGAAAAAAGUAUCUCGCUUUAGUACUACGACAACAGAUACAAAAAUCAAUUAUGUGAAACAUACUACAUGACUUUAUUUUAUCUUUGAAUAGUGGUGAUAGCAAUUUGGUUUGUACGAA